AUGGAAACAAGUACAGUUUCGGCUACAUCAUCAAUGUUGCAAAGUGGUACUGUCAGAGCGAUCGAUCAUACACCAGAUGAAAAUGAAUUCAAAAUGACUAUAAUCCCCGCAACAAGAAUUAUUUUUAUGUGCGCGAAGGGUGAAGAUAUUGGUGUUAAACCAAUAACGGUAAAUGUCAUACUUCAAAAUGACACACCACUAAUGCAAGCAUUUAAGGUAAAAUGUACGGCAAACAAAAUGUUUACUAUCAGGCCAGCUCAUGGAAUUAUUACUCCAAACGAGAAAAAGAGUAUUAAAAUAACAUUCAAAUGGAAAAAUGUGCCAAAAGACGAUUUACAUUUCAUUUCAUUCUAUCAUAUUCGAGUGAAUGAAGAAGUUUGCAAUAUGCAACCGCGGGAAAUAUUGGAAAUGUAUAAGCCCGAUGGUGUGAAGCGUAUUCUGUGUCAAUUCAAGGAUGCUAAUGGACAGCCAAUUCAUCCGGUUGAUCCAAAACCUAUCACAGAAACCGUUGCAUUGGGUGAUUCAUCAACUACUCGAUCUCGAACAUAA